AUGAGUUACAUGGCCAACAAUAUCCUCCACGGGGAGCAGCUUGCGCUCAGCGUCGGGGCAGCUGAUCAUCUAGCUAAGUCAAAUACAAUAAAAUCAGUAGGUCUUUAUGUGUCACCGAAGUCCGCUUUCCCCCUGCGAAACCUCGCCAAGGUCAACAAGAAGCGAUCCCGAGACAUUGGCAUUAGCUACAAUACAAUGCGCCAGGCCUUCUCUCAUGAUACAUUAUCUCGCCUCUAG